GAUUUGGAAGGGGAAUAAUGGGAAGGGAAUAAUGGAGGUGGAUUUAAUGGCGGACGUGUCGGAUUGUUUGGAUAAAUACAGAGUUUUCAGAAUCGAGGAGCUGAAGGAGGCGACGGAUGGGUUCAGCGAGAGGAGCUUGAUUCAGGGCUCGGUUUAUAAAGGCAGUAUUGGAGGAAUUGAAUACGCCAUCAAGAAGAUGAAGUGGAAUGCUUAUGAACAGCUCAAGAUCUUGCAGAAGGUGAACCAUGGUAAUCUAGUGAAGCUUGAAGGCUUCUGCAUUGACCCGGAAGAUGCAAGCUGCUACCUAGUAUAUGAAUAUGUAGAGAAUGGUUCUCUUUAUUCGUGGCUACACAGAAGCGAGAAGCGGAAAUUGAGUUGGAGAAUGAGAUUGAGGGUCGCCAUCGACGUCGCUAACGGGCUACUCUACAUCCACGAGCACACGAGGCCACGAGUCGUGCACAAAGACAUUAAAAGCAGCAACAUUUUGUUGGAUGCAAACAUGAGGGCUAAGAUAGCCAACUUUGGGCUGGCCAAGUCAGGCUGCAACGCCAUAACCAUGCAUAUUGUUGGAACUCAAGGCUAUAUAGCACCCGAGUACAUAGCGGAUGGAGUCGUGUCGACGAAGAUGGACAUCUUCUCAUUCGGAGUUGUGUUGCUCGAGCUCAUCUCGGGGAGGGAGGCCAUCGAUGAGGAAGGAGGGGUUCUAUGGAUGAGAGCGAGCGGGUUUGUAGAAGGGAAGGAGAAGGAGAAGUUGGAGAUGUUGAGGAGUUGGAUUGAUGAGGCUCUUUUGGAGCAAUCUUGCCCUAUGGAUAGUUUGAUGGAUAUAAUGAAUGUGGCUGUUAGUUGCCUGCAGAAGGACCCGACAAAGAGGCCGAGCAUGGUCGAGGUCGUCUACGCGCUGACUAAGAAUGAGGAUGCGGUGUUCGACUUCUCCGACGAUACUCUAUCAGCUCCUCCCUUAACAGCAAGGUAGCCGAACCAGUUACUUGGUUUCCUGCAUUACAAAGAUGAAGCAUAUUGUGUAUAGAAUAAUUAGAGGCUUUUAAGAGCGUAUAAUUUUUAUGUCGUCCAAGCCAUUUUAAAAAGCCUUGCGUUAAGCUUUUAACAAUGUAUUUUUGUAUAGAAUAUUUGAAGGUUGUUAAAUAC